CUUUAUAGCCUCCGCUCAAACAAAACCCUCUGCCGUUUAGUCUCUACAGCGCGCCAGUGAUUGAGAGAGACAGAGAGGGCAACAAUGGUGCAGCGUCUUACGUAUAGGAAACGCCACAGCUACGCCACUAAGUCUAAUCAGCACCGGGUCGUCAAGACUCCUGGUGGGAAGCUUGUGUACCAGAGCACCAAGAAGAGAGCAAGUGGUCCCAAAUGUCCUGUCACUGGGAAGAGAAUCCAGGGGAUUCCUCACCUAAGACCUGCUGAAUACAAGAGGUCCAGACUAUCAAGGAAUAGGAGGACCGUGAACCGUGCUUAUGGUGGUGUCUUGUCAGGCGGUGCUGUCAGGGAGAGGAUCAUCCGGGCCUUUUUGGUGGAGGAGCAGAAGAUUGUGAAGAAGGUUCUGAAGAUUCAGAAGGCCAAAGAAAAGCUAGCAUCAAAGAGCUAAGAUGGAAAAGAGCGAAAGAAAUGAAAUUUUUAGUUUAUUGGGCCGAAUUAAAUUUUGACCGAGACAAGAUAGAUUGUGCUCUAAAUUACUGUGAGGGUAUUUGUUUUGAACAUGAAUGAGUAAUUUUCAUGGGUUGGAUUAACCUCCUCUUGCCAAAUUGAAAAUGGAUUCAUAUAAAAAUGCGAUGUUUGUUGCUAGAUCAGUCUAUUGAAUUGAAGUUAUACUGUUGAAACUGGAAGCCGCUGGGAGUUUUUGUUUGGUGGUGGUUUCUUUUUGGAAUUCAAUGGAAAGUUGUUUCUUCUCCCGGCA